AUGGGAGCAGCGUUGUGGCCAGCAGCCUUUGGACCAUCGUUGCCGGUGACCGUGCCCCUGAAUGAAAUACAGGCCAGCACAGGAACUAAGGAAAUAUUUUCACGGUUCAAGCUUGUAGAUGACUUGAAGGACUGGCCGGCAAUGCUCUGCUCUGCCAGGAAGCGCAUCCUCAGAGCCGACUCUAAGUCGCACAGAAACAUCAACACCCCUUCUAUCAGUGACACGCCGUCAUCCGCUUUCACCCAGGGCGGGCCCUCGGAAUCAACGCUAUUACUCUGUCUGGCGCGUAACCACUUCAAGGGUGUUGUGGGGAAAAAAAUCGGGAAUGUGUACUGCGCCUCGCUACACUACCAAAUCUUGUCAGGAAUGCGCGGUAUGAAGGACGAUGAACACGUUCUACCAGACAUUCCAACGGACACGGCUACUCUUGCAAAUCUCUAUGCAAGCGGCCAUCCUGAUGCUGCGUUGUUCCUCUCAGAGGUCACGCCAUCUCAUUUAAAAAUUCCUCUGCAUGUCGCCCUUUUCAUAUCCCCCAUCCUUCUUUUUGUGAAUAAAUCUUGGUAUUCUAAGAAAUGUGACCGGGAGCAGCUGCUUAAAGCCUCAAAAGCGCUUGGUAAUUGUCGCCCCCGUGUUCUGCGUGAAGUGGAGAUGGAAAUUUGGAAAAUCAUUGCAGCGCAAAAUUGCGACAUCCAGUCAGCCUUAUAUAAACUUGUUAUCUCAGACUGCUGGAUGGAAUGCGAGCGGGUAAUUGCACAAGAUCCCGCGUUUCACUUUUUCAUAUCGUCAACGAGCAGCGCCGAGGUUACAGCAAAUUCUAACCUAGCAAGGCGCAGCACUGAACCACACGCUCAACUUCAGACCGUUUCCCAUCAUGGUGAAAAAACCACCUGUGAAGGGUCCGACGCAGACGCGGAGGGUGACGAUGAUCACGAAGUGGACACGACGGAAAUGGUCAGCAUGGGUCAAUGGGAGAACGGGGACAAUACGGUCCCUACCUCAAAUAUACAGCCUCCGGAAGACACGUCUUCAGUGGCUGGCAAGGAUGUCAGCAUGGGUCAACAGGAGAACGGGGACAAUACGGUCCCUACCUCAGAUAUACAGCCUCCGGAAGACACAUCUUCGGUGGCUGGCAAGGAUGUGCCCACGGACGAGCAACCUGGUUUGCCGCGGAGUGAUGAUAUUGGAUCUGGUCUACUUCAGACUGAGAAUACUGGGCCCUCAACUGCAGGGGAUUGUGAGAUGAACGUUGAUCCGGAGCAAGCUGAUGUCGACCAUCAAAUGGAGGAUGGUCCACAUACCAAUGGUCCAGAAAAUUUGGGAGACGGCGGGGCUGGACAAGGAGCUGAAGGGUCUUCUGACGAGGCAAAUCGUAUGUCGGAAGUUCACGAGGGCGAAAAGCAGGGGCAAGACGGAGAACAACCCGACAAGGAGAACCGAAUGUCAGAAGAUGGUGAGGAGGAAAGGCCAGACGACAGUUCGUCGGACAAUGAGACCGAGAAGGAGGGGCAAGGGGAUGUUCCACCAGUCCAGGAGGACAGAAUGUCGGUCGAUGGAGAGGGGGUAGGCCCAGAGCAAAACAAUGAUUCCUCAGACAUGGAGAGGAAUACAUUGGAAGACAGCCAAGGCGAAAAGGAGGGGGAGAACGCACCUCCUGCUCCUCUUAUUUUGAGGAUUCCUCCUGUUUCCCAGAUAAACAGGAGCAAAAACACCACGGCUGACUCCUCUCAGAAAGGGAAAGGGAAGGGCCGGCAGGGCCUUUCCAAGCGGCCUCCCAAACGCAAGCCGACGCAGGCUACCGACACAUUUGAUUCGGACGACGACCUGUGUAUUGAUAUCGAUCUGUACGACAGCAACACCACCCUUGAUGUCGUCAGCACUCCGGAGAAGGUGUAUGGCACCAAAGUUUGGUCCACCUACAACGGUCAUGGCCAACUUAAAAGUUUCUGCGUUGUUGCCCAUAGUCAAGCCGACGUGGAUCGUGUUGAAAGGGUUCUGGAAUUGGUCGAGAGUGACUACGUCGAUGGAGUUCCAUUGCACAUAGCACGUCCCGAAGAAUCAUGUUUUGCGGUAUUCGACCGCAGCACCACGAAAUCCAUGUAUCUGAUGGAGUCUUUCUCUGAAAGGAACGUCGUCCUUAUGUCUCCUUCUCAAGAGGAGUCUAUUUCAACUUGCUCCGACGAGUUCUACAGCCAGGUACGUCGCCAUAUGGGUGAUAUGACGAGCACCAGGUCAAUCCAAGAUAUGUCGACCAUGUCGUCUAACCCCAUCGAGAGGAUUAAGCGUGGGUCCCUCUCUCAGGUCAUGGAAGCAGCGAGGAUGAAAGGCAAAAGAGGAAAGAUCCUCAAUGCCCUUGACAUCCCUUUACCUCAUGCAGGCGCUCACUCUUUUGACUUGAGUACUGAGGCGGCUGCUCUUCGGGCUACAUCUGGUAGCUGGAAGUAUAGUACCCCUGUCCCAUUUGGUGAUAUGUCGUGGGGACUCGUAGCUACAGAGGGGGCAUUUUCAGAUAUCCAUAUCGAUGCCAAUGGUUUCUGUUCCUUCAUCCAACCUCUUCAUGGACUGAAGCUGUGGAUUAUCAUGUAUCCCAGACGGUUGGAUGUUGACCUUUCUUCUGACCGCCGUGUAUUUCUGGGAGACAAGCUGGAUUACGGGGAAACGCACCACCAAGACUGGAUUUACGAGGCGAUUGUUCUCGAUAACCAGUCAGAACUCUUCAUGAGACCAAAUACUCUACAUAUGGCGUAUUCUAUCUCCUCAGUGGUUUGCCGUGGCGGACAUUUUUACUCCUCCACUUCCUUUGAAGAAACCCUGACAGGAAUCAUUCACUGUUUUACCGCUGGAUACAGGGCAACGAAUACGAAUCAUUCAACGUCCCGAUUUUUCCUGCAGCAAACCAUACAUUGGUUCUACAAGGUUUUGGUUGAAGGUGACAGCGACCCAGAAGAUUUUUAUGAAAUGUACCAUGUCCCAUUCUACAGUACGCAGUCCGGAUACUCGAGCUUGAUAGCUCUGUGCGUGUGCAUGAUCUUGGCAAAUGCGCUCGACUACGAGACCUAUCGAAAUCCUGAUCAGAUGUUCUCCACCAAGACUUCGGCACAGUUAGACGCAUGGAUGCGGUGGGAUACCAACAGCCUGAGCGACGAAGAGCGCAAGGCGUGCAUCUUUGCCCGUGGCGAAGCCUUGGCUAUUCUAGAGUGGCUAUGUCAUCGCAUGAAGUCCAUCCACUACAUGAUUGAGACGGACAAAAACAAGGAUGCACAAAAUAUCAUGGCGACAGAAAAGUUCCAUGAAAUGAUACUUUGCCGCUAUGCCCGUAUGAUUCUAGCCUACGACGCAGAAGCCAAACAUAACAACAUUGGUGGUGCCCCUUGCUGUACCGACACCAGUUUGCUUUUUGUCCAGCUUCAGGGCGUCUGCAGCGGAGAAUUGAACAAGGUUAUAUGUCGCAGUAUCGACCAGCUUCCUCGUUCCUCGGUCCCAAAGAUGCUCAAGUUACCCGUAAUCACUCUCAUUGACUGUGAUGCCUGUGCGGAUUCCUCAACGCAAUUAAGAACUCCCAAGGAGAUUCUGGAACUUGGUACGAGUGUGAGGGAUAAACUGUAUCUGGAUGGCAUGAAAGUCAAGCUGGAGAGCACAAAUCCGAUACUGAAAGGCGUAUCAGCAACCCCCGUAUCUCGAGACCCUUCUCCCAAAAUUGGUAAUUUUAUGGAAGUGGACUAUAUCGACAAUUUUCUUGGCGCGUCAUCAGAGAUGGAAGAUGACCCACCCCCCAAGGCAUCAAAAUACAACUAUCCGUACGUGAAGGAGGAUUAUAACGGGGCUGGAAGAGCAUUUGGAACAGGCCUUACAUUCAUGGAUCAGCUCAAACAGGAUCAAUUCGAACCCCAGCGGGCGGAAAAUUUGUACUAUCCUUUUGCCUCGAAAGAUGAAUGGGAGCUCUCCCUGUUCCUACUUCGCUCUGACAUGAGCGUAGGAAUGCUGAAUGAUUUUUUGAAACUUGAACUGAUAAAAAAACUCAACUUGUCCUACAAGUCGGCAAAAGAUCUACGCAACCGGGCAGAGAUCCUUCCCUCUGGUCCGCAGUGGAAGAGUCAAACGAUCAUACCAGAAAUACCAAGCAAAAAUCAGCUAACGCUUUUUUACCGCGAUGGAUUGGAAUGUAUCAAGGCGCUUCUUAUCAGUCCCUUGCUCCAAGAUAGCAUGCACUUUAGCCCAUUCAAGCUCUUCGACAAGUGCAACGAGAUGAUGCGGGUAUACACUGAGUGGUUUAGCGGUGACAUUGCGCAUUUUAUGCAGUAUAACAAGAUUCCCAAGGACCAGCUCCCAAAAGGAGCAACACUUGUACCUCCUAUUAUUUCCACGGAUAAAACCAACAUUUCCAACAUGACCGGAGGCCGUGUCGCCUACCCUGGCCUUAUCAGCAUUGCCAACAUAAUGAUGAACUUUCUUCAUCGCUCCAAAGCUGUGAAUGGGAUGAUGGCAGCACGGCUAUAUCACCAGUGCAUGGACAUUGCUCUAGAAUCGGUCAAACAAACUGCGAGGGUGGGAACCACCAUGGCAGAUGCAUUGGGGAAUAAUCGUUUCUGCUUUACACCGCUUGCUGCCCUUAUUGUUGAUACUCCAGAAUCUGCUCUGGCGGCUUGCGUCGCAGGAUCCACAUCCUCUGUGACGUUGGCACAAUACGAGACGUUUGGGGAUUCCUUUCGCCACCCUUCCCGAACUGCAGAUCAUACAAUCAAUACCAUCAUGGCCAUCAACAAUGUUAAGCCCCCUAAUCAUCUCGAACCAUAUCUAAAAGAAAGCAAAAAGCACUGUCUCAAUGGGGUUCACCUACCGUUUUGGAGAGAUUGGCCCUUGUCUGAUCCUUCUGCAUUCCUUACGCCUGAACCCCUUCAUCACUGGCACAAGAUGUUCUGGGAUCAUGAUGCAAAAUGGUGCAUUGCUGCAGUCGGAGGUUCCGAAUUGGAUUUUCAAUUUUCAAUUUUACAGCACCGCACUGGUUUCCGACACUUCAAGGAAGGGAUUUCUUCCUUGAAACAAGUGACCGGUAGGGAACAUCGGGACGUUCAGCGAUACAUUGUUGCUCUCAUUGCAGACACAGUCAGUACACCCUUUAUCUUAGCCAUCCGGUCUCUGAUGGACUUUCGGUAUCUCGCACAAUCUCAAACAAUCUCCGAGGCAAUGUGUCUCAGAAUUGAGCAGGCACUGCAAGAUUUCCAUGCCAAUAAACAAGCCAUUCUUGACGCGGGAGCACGUCGAGGUAAAAAAAACAACCCAAUCGAUAAUUUCUAUAUUCCAAAACUCGAGUUUUUGCAAAGUGUAGUACACGCAAUUAGACUAAAUGGAUGUGCAAUCCAAUGGUCUGCAGACACGACAGAGCAUGCACAUAUCGAGGUGGUCAAAGCCCCUUCCAGUUCUAGCAAUAAUCAAAGAUACGAGCCUCAAGUUUGUCAAUACCUUGAUCGUCGUGACAAAUUGCGCAAUUUCGAUUUGUUUACAGCUAUACGAGAAAUGAGGAUCGAUUUUCGGGCUAUACACUCUGCAACAAUUACGGAUGAGGAGGAGCAGGAGGAGGGGGAUGAGGGGGAGGAAAACGGCGAGGUUGUGAUGGACACAACGUCAGAACUUCUUUCAACAAUCAUGCCGAUGACAACCUUUCAAUCAGCAAAGUCCAAUCGCAUUGUGGAUUACUUCUACAAAGCUAGUCUCUAUGAGCGUAGCGUAUUGGAAGGCCCAGUCCCCUACAGAACAUUUUCUUGCAGCAAAAACGUUGUUGCCCAUUUAUCUAGGGAUGCUAGUUCCAAAAGAUUGCAUAUCGACGAGGUUGCGAGCAUUUUUAAAAUUCCCGACCUACGACCAGCAAUUGCCGAUUAUGUGUCACUCAUCAAUAAGGAAUCAAAUCCGAGACAGACCAAUUCUUGA